GCUCACCGUUAGCCUGGGCUCACUGUGGCAUUUUUGUAAUUUAAAUUAUUAGGGUUUUGUUCCUUCUAAGAAAAUUGGGUGGUUUUAUAUCUAGGGUUUUCUCAUUUUACGGCGGCAUCUUCCAAAUUCGAUCGAGAAGAAACCAUGACUGCUCAGACCCAAGAAGAACUCCUCGCAGCUCAUCUCGAGCAGCAAAAGAUCGAUCCUGAUGAGCCUGUAGUUGAAGAUGAUGAUGAUGAAGAUGAUGAUGAGGAUGAUGAUGAUAAGGAUGAUGAUGCUGAAGGUCAAGAAGGUGAUGCCACUGGAAGAUCAAAGCAGAGCAGAAGUGAGAAAAAGAGCCGCAAAGCUAUGCUGAAACUUGGAAUGAAACCCAUCACAGGUGUCAGCCGUGUCACUGUGAAGAAGAGCAAGAAUAUACUCUUUGUCAUAUCAAAACCAGACGUGUUCAAGAGCCCAAACUCAGACACAUACGUCAUUUUUGGGGAGGCCAAGAUCGAGGACCUAAGCUCUCAGCUUCAGACACAGGCAGCAGAGCAAUUCAAGGCUCCUGAUCUCAGCCAUGUGGUCUCCAAACCAGAGACAUCUGCAGCUGCUCAAGAUGAUGAAGAUGUUGACGAGACUGGUGUUGAGCCCAAGGAUAUCGAGCUGGUCAUGACUCAGGCUGGCGUUUCGAGGGCCAAGGCCGUCAAGGCCCUCAAGGCUGCUGAUGGUGAUAUUGUGUCUGCUAUCAUGGAGCUCACAAAUUGAUGAGGUCAUUCUGUGAGAGGAUGUGCCUUGAGAGAGCAGCAGAUUUUGUUUUGGUCUUUGCUCAUAGAAAACUUGAGAACAAUCCAAUCUCUGUUAUGUUUGUUGCCUAUACCUGGAAAUAUUUUUACUCAAGGUGGUGUUGCAUUAGUACCAGUAUGGUUUUAUCUGAUUGAUGAUGCGUUAUAAUUAGGCUUCAUUUUGAAUGUCUGUCAUGUGAUUGUUUAGACGUUCAUGUGCUGGCAAUGGAGGGAUGCUUCUGUUUCCAAAGAGUGAUUGUUCAUAUGUUCUGAUGUCAUAUGUGAACGGAUCUUAUUGUUA